AUGGUGGAGGGCGAUGUCAUGAUCGCGGCGCGCUCCGUUUUCAACGGUGAGGUGCUGGCGCAGGUCGCCCUGCAGCCCACGUCGACCAUCUCGCAACUGCGCGAGGCUAUCGUCAGCGAGGUGGGCACAGCCUGUAUGCCCUCGGUCAUCCUUGGGGGCAGAGUCCUCCUUGGCGACGAGGUUGUGGCCGACGUUGGCAUCCUGGAGAGCCAGGAGGUCGGCGUGGUGCUGACCCAGUGGCCGCGGCUGCUUGUCGGGCACGAGGACGGAGGGGUGACCGCGUGGAACGCAGGCACCGGGGAGUACAUCGAGCGCGGCGGCCGGGAGGUGCAGAGGCUGAAGUCGCGAGGGGGAGCCGUGAGGGCGGUGGCCCUCUCCCGCGACGGGACCCUGGCGCUCUGCGGGCUGGUGGGCGGGUGCGCGCGGCUGUGGAGCCUGGAGUCGGGCGCGUGCCUCCGCACCUUCUCCAGGCACGCGGGCGGCGUGGCCGCCGUGGCGUUGUCUGCGGACGCCGGCGUCGCAGCCACUGGGGGCGCCGACGGGGACGCGAGGCUGUGGUGCUCGCACACCGGCAGGUGCACCCUCGGCGCGCCCGCGGCCGUGGCGGCGCAGAGCGUCCUGCGCGGCCACGAGGGCCCCGUGCUCUGCGCCGCGCUGCCCGCGGGCCCGAGGCUGGCGCUCACGGCGUCUAACCUUCGACGGCAGCGCCAGGAUCUGGGACGUGGACUCGCACGCGUGCCUGAGCGUGCUGGGAGGCCACCGCGAGGCCGUCCAGUCGCUGGACCUCGGCCCCGACGCGGAGACGCUGGCCACUGGCAGCGGCGACGGCACGGUGAAGCUGUGGAGCGCGCGCUCCGGCGAGUGCCUCCGGACGCUGGCUGCCCGCGGCAGUCCAGGGCGCGCCCUGGCGGUCGCCCUGCGCCCCUGAUCGGGGAACGAGAAACGGAUCCGCGCUGAAGCCCCUGGCGGCGCCUCGUCCAAGACCGGCUCGAGCGUCGAGGCCCUCCCUCUCUCACGACGGCCGACUCUCGCGA